AUGCGGCACAUCCUGCUCUCCUCCGCGCCUCUCAGAGCCCCGUCUCUCGCUACCGAGAUUCAAUUCGGCAUCCAAGUCGAGUUCCUCGCCCCUCCCGUCUCUCCCAGUCAACCAUCCCAAAGCAUCUCUAACCGCCAUCGCAUCUUCCACUACUUUGCUUCUGCCCUCCAGAAAUCCGGCCUCCAAGCUGCCUUUCUCCUCGAACAAGACAGCGACAAUGGCGAGAACAGCGAGACCCAAGAACAAGAAAGCCAGCUUCGUGCCACAGCUCCCAAGGGAAGCAUCGUCAAGACCAAGCACAACCCAGACAUGUGCAUCAUGAACCCGCUCUCCCUCGUCCAGUGGCUCGACGCAGGCGCCGUCCAAAACCCGCUGUGCAGAUACUGGCUCCUCCAGGCCAGCAGCGACAUCGGCCAUGACGGCAAACACGCCAAAUGGCAGCCCGCACGGCUCAGCAGCCCGACGUUGCGUGAAUCCGAGGCAAACAACUUGUUCCCCGGCAUCAACACGGCUCUGUACGGCGUCUGGACCGCCCACCCGGCAAAACUGCACGUUGCCAGUGACUGUGGUCUGCACGUAUCCGUCAGCCCCGUGUCUGCAGAGGGCCUGACUGUCCUGCAGGCCCAGCGCGUGGCAACGCUGGUGAUUGUGCUUGAGAACAAUCUGCUCUUCCACCUGGGCUCGCCUGCUCGUCGCGGAAUCCACCAGCAGCUCAUCAAGGCCUUUGCUCUUGUUUACGCAAAGGCCGGAGCGUCUUCGUCUCCCGCAGCAACUGCCAAUCUCCCGCUCAAUAUCCUCCAUAACAGCACCAUGAACAAGGCACUGAACAUUCUCUGGGGUGCCUCUGAUCUUAGCCAAAUCCACCAGCUGAUUGCUCACCAUCACAAGACUCGCGAUCCUACGGCAUCUACAGCUCUGCGUAUCACUACACAUACUCACGAAGACGACAGCACCGUCAACUCACUCGAGUUCUGUCACGCGCAGGCAGCUUUCGGCCAAAGUUUCGUCGACAACUGGGUGCGCCUCAUCCUGACCAUCUGCAAGGUCGCUUUCCUCCCCACGGAGAUAUACAAGCUCGUCGUGGCCAUGCUGUAG